AUGCUUACCACCGAAGAAAUUAACACACUAGAUAGAGAUCAUGUGUGGCAUCCUUACGCCGCCAUGCCAAAUGCUGUACCCUGCUUCCCUGUCGAGAAAGCAUCUGGUUGUGAAAUCACACUGAAUGAUGGACGAGUCCUGGUUGAUGGAAUGAGUUCCUGGUGGGCCGCCAUUCAUGGAUAUAAUCACCCAAUAUUGAAUGCUGCAGCUUCUGCACAAAUGGAGAAGAUGUCUCAUAUGAUGUUUGGAGGAUUGACGCACGAGCCAGCCGUCACAUUGGCGCAAGAAUUGGCUCGCAUCACACCUGGAAGUGGGGACAACAAGUUGGACAAGAUAUUUUAUUGCGACUCUGGAUCCGUAGCCGUAGAAGUGGCUAUGAAAAUGGCGAUACAGUACUGGUUCAACAAGGGAAUAUCGGCCAAGAGCAAGUUUUUGACGAUUCGUGGAGGUUAUCAUGGCGACACCUUUGAAGCCAUGAGCGUCUGUGAUCCAGUCGGUGGAAUGCACCACUUGUUUAGUUCGACAUUGCCCCAACAAUUGUUUUGCAAUCGACCAGAAACCAAAUAUCAUGAAGAGUGGGACGAAUCGGAUAUUCAGAACUUUCAACAAGCUUUGAACAAGCAAAAGGACGAAAUUGCAGCUGUCAUAUUAGAGCCUAUUGUACAAGGAGCUGGUGGGAUGCGGUUUUAUUCCCCACAUUACCUACAAAGAGUCAGAGAUUUGUGUGACGAACACGAUGUUUUGCUUAUUUGUGACGAAAUUGCUACUGGGUUUGGACGGACUGGAACCAUGUUUGCGGUGGAACAUGCCGAAAACGUAGUUCCUGAUAUUUUGUGUAUUGGAAAAGCAUUAUCUGGUGGCUUUUUGAGUUUUGCAGCUACUAUCACAUCACCCAAAAUCGCCAGAGUCUUUGAACAAGGUCCGGCUGGAGUGCUCAUGCAUGGACCAACCUUUAUGGGAAACCCGUUGGCAUGCGCAGUAAGCUUGGCUUCAUUGCAGCUGCUGCAAUCCUAUGACUGGAAGGAGAAGAUAAAAUUCAUCGAAAAGCAGCUAACAACUGAACUUGAGCCGUGCAUGGAUUCACCUCAUGUGGAAGACGUCCGUGUGCUGGGUGCAAUUGGGGUGGUGGAGAUGAAGGAGCCAAUGGAUCUCAAAAUGAUGCAGCCUCGGGUGGUUGAAGAAGGAGUGUGGCUAAGGCCAUUUGGAAAGUUGCUAUAUACCAUGCCUCCAUUCAUAAUUCAGAGUCAUGAGCUGCGGAAAAUCACCCAAGCAAUGGUGACUUUAGCAACUCGUAGAAGAGUGUAA